CGGGCGCCUUUAUGAGGCGCGAGCAGAGAAGGCGGUGAGGAGCCUAGGCCCUAUCUCCACGUACUUGUACGAGCCUGACACCCGCCCCUCAUCCUCCGUAACGGAUUGUCACGUGAGCGCCGCUGGAGUCUCCGGCCGGGGUCCCUGCAGCCCUGACUGCGACGCCCUGGGCCUCGAGUGCGUUUCACUGCGGGGAGACUGAGGCCGGGAGUGGACCGUCAGCCAAGGUCGCCCCGCUCUGGGGCCCCUCGGCCGCCGACUCCCCGCCCCCCCACUCCCCCGUCCCCCGUCCCCGCUCUGUGCACAGGGUCCCGCGAUGGCGGCGGCGUGGAUGGCCCCUGCGCGGAUGCCUUUGACCUUUGACGACGUCGCCAUCACUUUUACUGAAGAGGAGUGGGGGCAGCUGGAGCCGGCCCAGAGGACCCUGUACCAGGAGGUGAUGCUGGAGACCUGCAGGCUCCUGGUCUCCCUGGGCUUUUCUCUGCCCAAACCAGAGCUGAUCUACCCACUGGAGCAGAGCCCAGAGUUAUGGACGCUGCAGAGAGGCCUCUUCCCUAGCGUCUGCCCAGGUGACAAAACAAAACCUGAGACCACUGAGCCUUCCCCUUCUCACCUUGCCUUGUCUGAGGACAUCUCACCACAGGAGCGACUGACUCCGCGAGCCAGGAGUCAGGGUAGGCCGUCAGAUACGCUGGAAGGCCUACUGGAACCAGGGAUGGACCCCCUGAUAGAGAAGCUCCCUGAGAGCAUGAAGCCCGAACGUAAUGGUUUAGGGACAGAUGAUGGUUUACACUCAAGGAUUGUACAGGGGCUGAUCCCUGCAGGACAUGCCCUCCGUGAAUAUGACUCACAGUUACCACUGAAAGAUCCCUCGAUUCAUGAAGGAAAGCGUCCCUAUAAGUGUGCAGAAUGCGGGAAGGUGUUUACCAAGAACUACUUUCUUAUUCGACAUGAGCGGGUUCACACUGGCGUGAAGUCCUAUGAAUGCACCGAGUGCGGCAAAACUUUUAGCAAGAGCACACACCUCCUGCAGCACCACAUGAUCCACACCGGGGAGAGGCCCUACGAGUGCAUGGAGUGCGGGAAGGCCUUCAACCGCAGGUCACACCUCACAAGGCACCAGCGGAUUCACACCGGGGAGAAGCCUUAUAAGUGCAGCGAGUGUGGAAAGGCCUUCACCCACCGCUCCAAUUUAGUCUUGCAUAACAGAAGCCACACUGGAGAAAAACCCUUUGUGUGCAAAGAAUGUGGGAAAGCCUUCCGAGAUAAGACAGGCUUCCUUCGACACUACAUCAUCCACACAGGAGAGAAGCCCUUUGAGUGCAUGGAGUGCGGGAAGGCCUUCAACCGCAGGUCACACCUCACAUGGCACCAGCAGAUUCACACUGGAGUGAGACCCUUUGAAUGCAACGAAUGUGGGAAAGCCUUUUGCGACAGCACAGACCUCAUUCAGCACUAUGUCAUCCACACGGGGGAGAAGCCAUACAAGUGCCUCGAGUGUGGGAAGGCCUUCUACCGCCGGUCACACCUCAAGCAGCACCAGCGGAGUCACACCGGGGAGAAGCCGUAUGUGUGCAGUGAGUGCGGAAAAGCCUUCACCCACUGCUCCACUUUCAUCUUGCACAAAAGGGCCCACACCGGAGAAAAACCCUAUGAGUGCAAAGAGUGUGGGAAAGCCUUUAGCAACCGGUCAGACCUCAUCCGACACUUCAGCAUCCACACUGAGGAGAAGCCCUAUGAGUGCAUGGAGUGCGGGAAGGCCUUCAACCGCCGCUCAUACCUCACGAGACACCAGCGGAUUCACAGUGGAGAGAAGCCCUAUGAGUGCAUGCAAUGCGGCAAAUCCUUCGGUCAGAGGGCAAACCUCAUUCGACACACUAUCAUCCACACGGGGGAGAAGCCCUAUGAAUGCAGUGAGUGUGGAAAGGCCUUCACCUACUGCUACACUUUCAUUUUGCACAAAAGGGCGCACAUUGGAGAAAAGCCUUUUGAGUGCAAACAAUGUGGGAAAGCCUUCAGCACUAGGAAAGACCUCAUCCGACACAUCAGCAUCCACGCUGGAGAGAAGCCCUACGACUGCAUGGAGUGUGGGAAGGCCUUCAACCGCCGCUCGGGGCUCACGAGGCACCAGCGGAUUCACAGUGGAGAGAAGCCCUAUGAGUGUGACGAGUGUGGGAAAUCCUUCUGCUGGAGCACAAGCCUCAUCCGACACUCUGUCAUACACACUGGGGAGAAGCCCUAUGAGUGCAGUGAGUGCGGAAAGACCUUCAGUCGCAGCUCCUCCCUCACUCAGCAUCGGAGGAUUCAUACUGGGAGACACUCUGUCAGUGUCAGUGCCACAGAAGUGGGGAGACCCUUCAUGAAUGGGCAGUCCUCUGUCACCCUCUAAGCGCUCCACUGGGAAAAGACUUUGAAUGUAGCCACUGAGGAAACCUCUUACUCAGAAUCUGAUCGUUCAUACCAAAGAGAAACCCUUCCGUUGCAGGUGAUCUGUUGUCAUCUGAGGAGUCAUACUGCAAAUUCACCCAGCCUAGAGCCUUAUUCUUCAACUGAGAACUCAUCUAGGAGUGUGAUCCAGUCAUUCUCAUGCACCUAGCAUAGCCGUUGGCCCCAUCUUUCUCCUCAGUUUACACUGCGAAAUUGUCUCAGGGAUAUUUAAACAAAGGAGGAGGUGAUAUAAAAGAGUAACAGAAGCACAGUUUCUUUCAGACUUCUGUGACAAGCCUGUGGCAGUUUUUGUUCCUUAUCUUAUUUGGGGAGGGGGAGGUGUUUCAGACAUCAGAGAGCCUUGUCCACUUUGCUUUGUACAUACCUUUACUGCUGUCCAUUGUCAGGGCAGUUGGGACACUUGAGGGUGUGUUGAAAACCUUUAUUUUUAUAUUUUUUUCACACUCACUAAGUUGGCUUUAUUCAACUGUCACCCAUAGGACAGGGUGCCUCCUGGGCCCCACAGUCCCUUGAAAACCUUUAUUGAAGGCCUUUGCUCUACAGCAUUAUCCCUGCCUUUGAGAAGCAUAAGUCUUAAUGAGAAAUAUGAAAACUUGAUUUAUGAAAGACUUAUAUUUCAGGAGAUAAAGAUGUAUGAAUGGGCCCACAGUAGCACA